AUGCAUUUGUCACCGGAUACAAUGAAUAUGGGGGAUGACGGCUGUCUUUCGACGGACAAUUACCAUGAUCUGGGAAAAGGCGGCUCUGGAAUGGGCGGUCGUGUCCACAGCAUUGAUGUGAUUCUGGGCUUCAGUAAGGAUCAGGACGCUCUGCUCAAUCCUGUUGGCGUACAUAAAGUAGACGGACCUGACCUGGAGGAACAAGAGAAGCAGAUGAACUCUGACCCCUACAGUCACCUGCAGAGUCUCUCUGAUAACUCUCAACAGUCUGUCUAUCAUGAUACGGGUCUUUUCUCCACAGAGAAGUGCGACAGUGAUUUGGGAGAUCCGAGGAGUUCUAUGAAGAGUGAAAGUGGUUCCCCAGACCCCACUGAUGAGGAUCAACCUAAAAAGAAACACAGACGCAACAGAACCACCUUCACCACCUAUCAGUUGCACGAGCUUGAACGUGCCUUUGAAAAAUCCCACUAUCCUGAUGUGUACAGUCGAGAAGAACUGGCUAUGAAAGUCAAUCUUGCAGAAGUUCGAGUUCAGGUGUGGUUCCAGAACCGACGUGCAAAAUGGAGGCGACAGGAGAAGAUGGACACAGGCACCAUGAAUAUUCAUGACGCUGCAAUGUUGUCCUUUAAUCGGCCACCCAUACCCCCGAACAUGGGGUCUGUGAGUAAUUCGCUUCCCCUGGACCCUUGGUUAUCCUCCCCGCUCUCCAGCGCCACCUCCAUGCACAGCAUCCCGGGCUUUAUGGGACCGGGCCAAAGCCUCCAACCUGCCUAUCCGAGUCACCCCGGGUUCCUGAAUUCCUCCCCGGGCAUUGUUCAGGGAAUGCAGUCCAUGCCACCUCCUCCUUACCAGUGUCCCCCUGUAUUUAAUGAAAAGUACCCGCUGGAUGAUGUGGACCGCAGCUCUAGCAUUGCGGCUUUGAGGAUGAAAGCCAAGGAGCACAUUCAGUCCAUGGACAAAACCUGGCAGCACAUGUAA